AGGCGUUGAAUGGCGUCGCUAUCAUCGUCAGAAUACCUCUGAUCCUUGUUAUUGCAGUAUUAUUGUAUCGACGCUUGGCUCAUGAGGUAUUGCUUUCCAUUUAAGCAAGAAGUCUUUUUCUUCUUAUAUAAAUAUUUAAAAUAUAACUCAGUGAUUGACAGUUUUUUCAUAUAUCAUUAUUUCCUCGUUUGAUUUCUUUGUUCCUACCUUAAGACAAGUUUGUAGUUUUCUUAAUAGUUAUCAUUUGUUUUGUGUUGUGAUAUACAUAUAAUGAAGUAUUAUAUGCAAUUAAUGCACAGAUAAUGAGAGAUAAGAAACAUGAGUGAUAGAACAAAAGCAACGCAGUUAUAGUGUGCACAAAAGUGAAAUUAUCUAUCAUCGAACUCAAAUUGAACACUGGAAUUGCAUCAUAUUGCAAUAUCGUUAAUAGUUAGAUCUGGAUCAUGAAGCAAGAGAAAUCAAAGAAGCACGCGCUUUUCCAAAUAGUCAAGAUUUUGUGGCAUCUCGAUAUAUUUCGUCGUAACUUUAGAGAAAUUUCUGUUCAUGCUUGCACAAAUGAAUCUUGUAUAGUCUGCGCAUUAAGGGAUUUGUUUUCACAGUUACAAUUUUCUCAAGAAAGCACAUUGCCGUUAGAUGCACUACAUCGAAUUCUUGCAGAGAAUUUCCUUGAUCAGCAAAAAUUUCAAUUUGAUUUUAUGGAUGAUGCUACAGAAUGCUUUGAAACCAUUUUAUUACGUAUUCACCUUCAUAUUGCAAGCAGUGAGACAGCGGAUAUGUGUAAUGCACGACAUUGUAUACCACAUCAGAAAUUUGCUAUGAUUCUUGUCGAACAAAGCGUAUGUGGAGUUUGUGGUGCAACAUCAGAACCUUUACCUUUCACACAGAUGAUUCACUACGUAUCAGCGUCAACAAUAACAUUGCAAGCAAGACAUAAUUUACUAUCUUCUCAAAACAAUCCUAAUUUAUUUGGUCAACUUUUACGUCAUGCUAGUGGUAUGGGAAAUAUUCGAGAAUGUCCCAACUCUUGUGGAGCAAAAAUCCAGAUUUGUCGAACAUUGAUAAAUCGUCCAGAAAUCAUUUCAAUUGGUAUAGUGUGGGACAGUGAGCGUCCUACUAUUCAGCAUAUAAUUGAUGUAUUUGCUACCAUAAACAUAUCUUUGCGACUUAGUGAUGUAUUUCAUAGCGUAGUUGAUUCACACUGGCGAACAUCAGUAGUCCACAAUCUUGUAGGUGUUAUAACCUAUUACGGUAAACACUACUCCACUUUCUUUUUCCACACAAAACUAAAGCGAUGGAUAUAUUUUGACGAUGUAAACGUCAAGGAAAUAGGACCCCGAUGGGAACAGGUCAUUGAUCAAUGUUGUCGUCGACGCUAUCAACCAUUACUAUUGUUAUAUACGUCACCUUGCACGUCUCCGACUAAUAUGAAGAAUGUAUCAAAAAUUAAUAUAAUAAAUAAUGAAGGGAGUGAUAACAAGAGCAGAUCGAUAACACCUAAUCCGGAAAAACCAUCAGUUAGUAAUACAGCAAGACGAGCGAUAACACCAAACCCAGAUAGUCCAUCUUACAUUUACACACAAAAACUGAUAUUGAGUGACUAUCAAAAUCUUAUAGAUAUACCAAACAAUAUCAGUAAUCAAGGUAUCGAUAUUGUUAAUGAUAAUAUUGAUUCAAAAUAUGUUGGCGGACAAAGAGUUGAAAAUGUUAUACAUCAACAAAAAGAACAAAUUGCAUUAACACAUAGUCUUAACUCUGCCUGUUCACCUCAAGAUAUUAUAAACAUACGUGAACAUUUGAACAUUUCACAGCGACGGGAUUCGGGUAAUUGGUCAGGCGACCGUAAUAGUGCUUCAUCUAGUUCAUCAACAACAAUGGAUAAUCCAUACCUAUAUAUUGUUAAUAAGAUGCAUAAAAAUACUGGCAUGCCUAAAAGUCCUUUAUAUAAAUCUGUUGAAUUCUCCAACAAUAACAGUGCUCAUUACGAUGCUGGUUAUGAUUCUUAUUCUUUAUCUUCUACAGACAGCCUGCCACUUCAACAGAGUCUUAAACAUAAUCUUCAGCUUGCACAAAUACCCGAACAACAAAUAUCAACAAUUGACUGUGAGCGAUUAUGGAUUGAAACCGAUACUCUUAUGGGAAAAGCUCAAGCAGCCGAAAGGGCUGGAGAUUUAGGCAAAGCAGUUAUUUUGUGUACUGCAGCAACCGGCAAAGCGAGAGAAGCUAUGAAUAUUCCAUACAGUAAUUCCAAUACAAUUGAUUUAGCUAAAAAAAAACAUAACUCUUGUGUGAUAAGAAUGAGUUACUUACAAAAGAAAAUCAAACAAGAACAGGCAGUAAUAAAUAGUAAUAAAGACGAAAAAAACGAAAAUAGACAUUUACGUGACACUAGUAAAUUAAUUCAAAAUUCACGUCAAAAUUGUCGCGAUAAAGGAAAUCAUUCUAGACGAAAUAGUCGAGAACUUUUAGUAAAUAUACCAGCACUUGUAGAUGAACCCAUUGUAAAAAGUAUUGAAAUUUAUGCAACAUUACCAAAAAACAAAAGUUUGCAAAAGAAAAUCACAGCAGCAAAUAUUGUAAAAGAUGAAGAAUAUAUACUUUACAACUGUCCGAUGCAGACAACUGAAUUAUCUAAGAAUUCAAGACAUUUAAAUGAUGAAAAAAAAAAUAAAAAAAGAGCACUUAGCGAAGACCGCAAUAAAAAUGUAUCUAAAGAAUUAUCAAUUGUUUUAUCAAAAUCGAUAUCCAAGUUAUCUAAAUCUGAAAAACUUGAUAAUGUCGACGAUUCAUUGAAGUAUUUGAAAAACCAACAGAUAAAUUCUCUGCCUUUAAUUAAUCAAAAACAAAAUAAAAAGCAACACAGAAUUCGAAGAAAAUUAUUGAUGAGUGGAUUAACAAAAAGAAAAAAUCAAAGUAUGCCAGAUUUACGAGAAAAUCAAAAUAGUCAAAGUAGUCCAAAUUGUAACGGAUUAAUUAAUAUUUUAUCAAAACAAUCUAUUGACGACUUAAACGUCAGACUCAAUUCAAAAAAUACUUCGAAAAGUCUCUGUGGUUAUCUUUCUGAGGGUCAUUUGGAAUUCACGAACGCUAGUAAUGAUAAAAUAGGCUCAAAUAACCCUAACAUACACAAAAGUCACCUAAUGCAAAAGAAUUUUCAUAAUAACAUUGGUAAAGUAUUACAAGUAACAAAAGUUCCUCCUCCACCACCACUCAGAACAACUUCUCAACUUAGCAAAUCGAAACCGACAAAUCCAGUACAUAAUAGCGAAUAUCAGGCAGAUAAAAUUUUCUCUAGACUUACAAAAGAGCAGAAUAUUCCUUACCAAACACAAUCUCAGACUAACGACUACUGGACUCAGAUGAGCGUUAAACAUCCAUUGCAAACAAAUCCUUCAAUAUCAAAUUAUACAAACUGUGAUUCAAAGUUACAUUCAUCAUCACUUGGUGCAACUUACAAUUUAGAGAAGAAUCCAAAUAAAAUAUCAAAAUCUAACCGUCAAAAUACUUACAAUUUUAGUAAACAGCGAGCUGAAGAUGACAUCGUUCAAUAUGCGAAUAGUACUCUUUGUGAACCAACAUUUGUUAUAACCCAGGCUGAUAUUCACAAUGAACAAAUCACAGAGAAACAAAAACUCAAUACAGAUUUCCUUCCACCUUAUCCUGAAAAUGGAAUUGUAUCACAUUCAAGACAAUUCAGUGAAGAAUUUCCUCCUCCACCAUAUCCAAUUCUACCAUUAGUUUCUUAUUCACAAGACGGAAGCGAUGAUUUUCCACCACCCCCGUCACCAAUUGAAAAUAUUAAUCAAAUACAACUAAAUGAAAAUAUACAUUUCCAAGAAUCUCAAAACCAUACUCAAUACAAAUAUGAAUCCCACCACAUUACUAAUCUUUUAAGUCAGUUGAAACUGAAAAGAGAGCAAAUGCGUAUUUGUAAGGCUGUAGAAAAAAGAAAAGAGUCUCACAUUGAUGAAAAUAAAAAAAAUCAAAAUAAAAUAUGGAUAGAAGAACUACAAACGAAGCAAGCUGAAAGACGAUUUAAACAACAGAAAUUACUAGAUCAGGAUAUUCCAAAAACAAGAAUGAAUUCUACACUAAAUACUAUAAAUCUUAAUAUUGCCAGAACCAAUGAUCUUAAAAUAGGCUCAAUAAUAAACACAGAUAUUGGACAUGAUGUUACUGAUUAUUCACGGACAAUUGUAUCUUCAGUUAGAGAUAUAGCUGCAAAAUUUGAACAGAAAGUUGAAAAUAUUAAGUCACAUAAUCGCAUUUUUUCAAAUUCAAUUGUUACAAUCACUCAAGAUUAUCCAAAAUUAGAAGAUCCUAAAUUAACCAAAAAUAUCAAAGAUAAUAUUAUAACAAAUAAACUAGAAAAUGAACAUCUAAAUAAAGUUAUAAAUCCUUCUAUUGAAUCAUCACUAAGUCCAAAUAUUAAAGCUUAUAUGAUAAACGAUUCCCCUACAGGAAAUGAAAAUAAAUUAAAUGCAACUAUUUUAUCGAUGUCUUUGACUUUACCACAUGAAAAUGGAUUACCUGUUGAUUAUCCAGAGAAUGAUAUUAGUGAUGUUGCCAUGAAAAAUACACUUCAAAAUGUUACUAUCUUACCUAAUAACGAUGAUAUUGUACACCCUAAAAUUAAAAAACCUAUUGGUAAAAAAAAAACUGUUUCAUUUUGUGAUCAAGUUGUUCUUGUUGCUACUGCUGAAGACGAUGAAAAAAAUUCAUAUAUUCCAAAUCCAAUUUUACAAAGAGUACUCCGAUCAGCAAAGAAUAAACCAGAAACAGCACAAGUAUUACAAGAAAUAAAAUGUUUACAAAAAACUGAAAUGAACAGUGAAUUAAAUAUUUCUAUGAAAUUUCAACAACAUACAUUACCGUUAAAAAGCGAAGCUGAUAAUACAUUUACAACUCUCUUUCAAGACCAAUUAAAAUGCAUUAAUUCACGUUCAGAACAUAUUGAAUCUAAUUUAGGAAAUUUAAAUUUGAGUGAGGAAGGAAAUCGAGAAAAUCAAAAUUUAUAUCCGUUUUGUGAAAGUAAUUGUGAGGACAUACGAAAUGAACAGUGUUCAAUCGCUUCGAAUAGUCCAAACGUUACUACAACUUGUCCAUCAUUUCAACGAAUUCUUUAUACACAAAAUACAUAUCCUGAAGUUCAAACAUUGCGCUCAAAGCAUCAAAAUAUUAUUUUCCCUCAAACUCAACAAUCAAUAAGUCCUUAUUCUAUAUUAUUACAAGAACAAUGUAUUCAAAAUAGUUUAUAUCCUAAAGGUGAUUGCUUGAAAACUACGUAUCCAUCAUGUUAUAAGAUAGAUCAACAAAAUAAUCAAAUGCGCAAGCAAAUUCUAUCAUCUCAACAGCAACAAAAUAUUAUUAGUAAAAUAUUUCAGGAAGAAAGUAAAAGUCCAAUAACAAUACAACAGCAACAUAAAAAUUCUAUAAAUCAACAAAUAGAAAAUGAAAGUGCAAAUUCAAUUAUUUCUCAACAACAACAACCACAUAAAAAAAAUCAAUUCAAUAUGAUAAAUGACCAAUCAACAAAUUCCGAUUCACAACACUUUUCUGAAAAUUUACAAUAUCUGUCAGCAAAUACAAUCUCUCAACCACAAAAAGAUCAGCAUUUCAAUUACUAUCAAUGUACCCCAAAUUUAACAGAUAAAUACCAAUACUCAUUGACUCACCUAAUUCCAUCUCCACAGAAAUGUCUACAAAUUGGAACUAUAAUCGCAUGUCAGCCAAAAAUAGACAAUUAUAUGAGACACUCACAAAAUGUUGAACAACAACAACAGAUAAUACAUUCGCAAAGUCAAGAUUUUUCGAGUGUUCAAGUACCAUCACAUAUGAAAUAUCCAACUUGCCAAAAUUUGCAACAAAUAAAACACAUAAAACGACAAACACAACAAAUACAUAAAAUACAAAGCAAAAUUAAAGGUUCAGCAAACAAUAACCAAAAUGUUUUAACUGACCAAAAAUUAACAGUAACCGGUAUGUCUAAAGUGAUACCAUGUCAUUUAUGCCGUAAGAAACAAGUAUCUGAGCCAAUGAUUUAUUGUUCUGAUUGUGACUUUUAUAUGUCACGUUUCCGUCCGAAAAACUAAAUUUCUUUGUACAUUAUGAUAUAGUAAUUCUAUCAAUAAAUUUUGUAUUAUUUUUUUUUAAUAAUAAGUAUUCAGUAACUGGUAGUUGCAACCUAACAAGUAUGUGAUAACAAUAUUGAAACAAUAUUGCAAAAAUUUAUUUUAUAACAUAUUUAAAUAUA